AUUGCAGCGGGUUUGCAUAUCCUGUUUCUCUGACUCAGAAGAUGAUGGCUAUCGGGAGAGGAGGUUAGCCGAGCUGGUCCGCAUAGAUGCUCGCACCGCUGGACAACACUAAGAGGAAGAACAGAAACCAGCUGAUUUCCAAUGAUGGACGGGUUUGCUGGGGACAUGCUGAGCGGUGGCCGGGGUUUGCUGGGCGAGGACAGCUCAAUGAUGGCUCGCAUGCAGAAAAAGUUCUGGAAGACCAAACAGGUCCUGAUCAAAGCUACAGGCAAGAAGGAGGACGAGUAUGUGGUGGCUUCAGAUGCUGACCUGGAUGCCAAGCUUGAGUUCUUCCACUCUGUUCAGUGGACGUGCACAGAGCUGCUGAAGGUUAUUGAGAAGUACCAGCACAGAAUCACACGGUUGUCCCAGGAGGAGAAUGAGCUCGGCCUGUUUUUGCGUUUCCAGGCUGAACGCGAUCGCACUAAGGCUGGCGGCAUGAUGGAGGCCACAAGCAAGGCCCUGUGUAGCUCAGCCAAGCAGAGAAUGGCACUUUGCCCGUCGUUGCAUCGCAUGUAUCAGGAAGUGGAGACCUUCCGGCGGCGUGCCAUUGCCGACACACUGCUGACAGUCAGCCGUAUGGAGAAGGCUCGCACAGAGUACAGGGGAGCACUGCUUUGGAUGAAAGACGUCUCUCAGGAACUGGACCCAGACACCUACAAACAGCUGGAGAAGUUCCGCAAGGUCCAGGCCCAGGUGAGGGAGACGAAGAGCCAGUUUGAAAAACUGAAGAAUGAUGUAUGCCAGAAGGUGGAUAUGCUGGGAGCAAGCCGCUGUAACAUGCUCUCUCACUCUCUCUGCACUUACCAGACAACGCUGCUGCAGUUCUGGGAGAAAACGGCCAACGCCAUGUCAGGAAUCCACGAGGCCUUCCAAGGACACACACCAUACCAGUUCACCACAAUCAAGCACCUACGGGACCCACUGGAGCAAGUCUCAGAUUCCAGAAAACAAGAGAAGGACGUAAUGGCCCUGCAGAGCAACACAGACAGCUUGGUGUCCUUGGAGGAUGACAAGCCAGCAGAAAGUCUAUCUGAUUCAGACCUUAAGCUCAGCAGUGAUGGGCGGAGCAAGGCUAGUGAAAGUGGUAAGGCCAUGCACGACCUCAGAGGACUCUCUACAGACUCCGGAGGCGACCUUAUGCUCAUGACCUGUGACAUACCACCCCCAGCAAAUGUGCCUCUCCAACCCCUGGUCCCGCCUCCUUCCCAGGACGUUGACCAGAAUGAGAGCUGUAGCUUUGGAAGCUUCCAGUCAGGCCUCCCGCAGCAGCUUGUCUCGGGUGACAGUUUGCUGUCAGGUGGUCUGCUGCUCCCCUCAGAGCCAAGUCUGACACAGGGGGAGGAAGAUGGUGAGCAGAGCGACAUGGCUUUCCUGAAGGACCUCCUCAGCCCAGGUCCAGGGGGCAGUGAUGAGUUUAGCAGCGAGUGGCAGGAUACCUUUGGAAUGUUCGAUCCAACCAGCGUUCCUACAGCAGCUGCAGGAGCAGCCCGUCCCCCUUCACACCCUCCCAGCCCUACAGGCUUCCUGCCAUCACAGCUGCUGGAUCACAGUCUGAGCUCCUCAGGCUGGGUGACCCCACCCAUGUUCCAAGCUCCGCCCCUGCAGCUGUCCCCUGGUCAGAACCAGGCAGUUCCUCUGUCUCACACAUCUGCAGCCAACGCAGCUUCAGGAGGAUCCAAAGACAUGUCUGCGUGGUUCAACCUGUUUGCAGACCUCGACCCUCUCUCCAACCCUGACGCCAUUGGACGCUCCGCUGAUGAGCUGCUCAAUGCCUGAAGCUCUUUGAGCAUGUUCAGUGUACCUUCACUCUUGUGAAAAAUCUGUAUUUGUCAUUCCAUCAUGAUUGAACACACACACUUCCCUAGAGGCUGUUUUCAGCUGGAAACAGCAAACACUUUGAGCUGAUUGUUAAACUGUCACCAUCAACGUCUCUGAGUUCCUGUAACAGACCUAACACCAACUCAUAAGACACACACAAGCUGCUGUGGUUUGUGUUACCUGUUUAUUACUACAACGCCUGGAUGUUAGGGAGGAUGUCAGGGCUCCGCCUUUGUUUUUUGGAGUAGGCUGUGUGCUUUUGGUGUUUGAUUUAUUUGGGCGUGUGUCCGUUUGCUGUGUGUACGUAUCCAAACAUUCAGGAUGGAUUUUAAAAAUGUCUUUAUGCUGAAAAUGGUUUGUAUGAAGUUCCACAUACUUGUCACAAAUGAUGCAUGUGUAAGGAAGUAGGACAAAUGGUGUGAAUGUGACCAGAAAUCCGUAUGAUGAAAAUCACCUAGCUCUCUUUAAGGACCCAGUAACAACAUACUAAUUCAUCAUUUAUCUGCCUGUAUACAGACAUAGGCCGGUAUAAGUAAAAACUACAUUUUCAUGGUAUUUAAAAAGCCAAAAUGUGUAACAGGAUCUAAUAGCUAGUACUAAUAGUAUACUUUGUCUUUCUGAUCUUUACAGAGUAAAACAAAUAUAACAAGCUGAUAUUUGCUGGGUAAUUAGUUGGGUUAACUGCUCAAGUAGCAACCCUGCAGUCAUGCUGCUGGUAGUUUUCCAGCUAUGUAAUGGAAAAAGGAUUGCCCAAAUAGAAGUAAUUAGUGCCAUUGUUUUAGUUUCAUUGCCCUGACUGUGUUUUUCAAAGCUAAUCAAUUUCCAAAAAGCCAGACUUUUCUUUAUGUGUAAGCAAGGGAAAUGUAGCCUUGUUUCAACCAGCUGACUGGUAGUGCUCAGCAAGAAGUGGGUGAGGGGGAGUUCUGUGUAACUCUAUGUUCCAUAUAACUAGAGAAAACUACCAUUGCUUUCUCUGGUGUCUCAUUAAUAGGAUCUGCAGGAAUGAUAGGAAGGAACAUUUUAGCGAUUUUGAAACUAAGUCAAAAUCAGCCUAUGCCUACUGGUACAACUGUUAUCAUUUGAGCUGUUUUUUUUUCGCCCUGCUUUGUGCACGUGUUGCUGUUACUGCCAUAUUAAUCUGUUUGCAGAAGAACUUGUCUGCACAUCUUUUGUUUUUGCAGCCAAACAAAAUUAGCUAGGUACACAGACAGAAGAAAGAGAGAGAUGCAAUAUUUUAGAAAGUGCACUCUAACAGCUAAGACAGCCUUGGCAAGCUGUAGUUGAAUUUUAGAAACUGGUGUUUCUACCUGCUGCCUUGAUCUAGCAAGGUUUGUUUUUGUAAAGGUAGAAGAUGCAAUGUUGUUUUCUGUGACAAAUUGGGGAUUUGGAAAGCCAGAAAAUGAAAAGUAGGGAAAUGUAGUCAUCUCAUAAAAUCAUUAGAGUAAGCAAAGACCACCCAGUUGGGUAAAUAUAUUUUCAGCUGUAGAUAAAAUGGCCACCGCAUAAAGUAAAACCAGAAAGUCAACAUGUCUCCUAAGUGCUAACUCUAACCCUUCCUAACUUGACCAUAACUAACACUUGUUAGAGUAACUUUAUGUAAUUCACUGUUCAUGUGUUAACUUCUGCUUAUUAGAAAUGAAACUGUAUAUUUAGGUUGUUUACAGGAUGUUUUAGGAUUCUUACAUAUUUGUAAGAAUCACGUCUUAAGUUCCAGACUACAGGGAUCUCUGUUCUUUUUAGCCCUCUUCUAGGAAAUGAAUAAAAAGGCAGAUAUUUCUACAGUGGGCAGGCUUAGAAAAUUAAAUAUGGCAGAAAAAAUGCAGACUGGAUGGAUGGAUGGAUGAAUAAUCAAAGGUGGGAAAUGGAUGGAUAGAUCAUUUAGACAAUUCCACAAGUAAUGUCUGGGUAUAUAUACAGAUAUUUUUCCAUACUCCAUUUUGUUUUUCCAUUUUGAUCCAGAACUUGAAAUAACUUUGUAGGAGCUGUUAUUUGGUCAUAAAGUAUUACACCCAGUCAGUCAGUCAGCAAUUUUUCUUGGCUUUUUUAGCCUUUAUUCUGAUUUUAAUAAUUAAAUUAAUAUUGCAGGUAAUCAAUGUUUUUCAGGAUUUUCUCACUGCUAAACUGGGAGAAGCAGAGCUAACUGAGCCAUUCAAUGAUACAGUGGAUACCAAUGCCUCAACAUGUGAUGCACAGUCUGGUUGAAAUGUAGUCUUUUAACGUUAAGCUGUGAAUUGUCCACAUUGUGAGACUGAAAUUCAUGGUGUGCAAACUCUAAAAACACGACGGUUGAAAUCCCAUGUGCUGAUUUCAUUAUCGCAAUUCUAAGGCCAAGAAGAUUUAUUUUGAUUGCAAAUAACUGACAGAAUGAUCAUACUUCUGGGCAAUGUAAGAUACCAGAUAAUAACCAUGAAACUAAAUCAAAAUAUCGAUUAUUUUAUCUUGGUGUGCUGUGUAUUAUGAGCAUCCAUAUUUUAUGGAAUCAAAAAGGGAUUGCUCCUCAUGUGUUGGUUCAUUUCGGACAACUUUAAAUGCUGCAUAGGGAUUUAGUGCAAAUUUGUUUCUGAAAGGCCUUUUUCCGGAAAGUGAAAAAGGUCCAAAUACACCAAAUCUUCAGCUGGGAAAUUUGUUUGGAUCUAUAAUUUUUAAUAUUAAUAUCCUCGCUCUCAUAGAAGACACAAUUAUGUAUCACUUCUGUUAAAUUCUACUGCAAAUGAAAAUUACUACUAGAAUACUAGUUUUUCUGUCACAUCAAGUGUAAAUCUUACUUUUCACACUAAAAAUAAAAGAAUGUAUUUCUCAA